AUGCCUGGUCACCCAUCGGGGACAACCUCACGACGUGUCACAACAUCAAAGCGCGUGGUCUCGACCUCACAUCUUCGUCGUCCCGUUAAACUAGAAGAGCCAGAAGUAGAAGCUGUUGGGCGUAUUGCCAAGAAACGCCGGACAUCAUCCGUUGGUCCCGAUGAUGCGGACCAGCCUCGACAAGGCCGUAGCUCAUUGGAAGAGUCUGCACUUGCAAAGGAGACUGCUGCCAUAGAGGAAGUCAAGUGGGAAGAUCUUGACAAGGAGGACGAAGGGGAUCCACUCAUGGUUUCGGAGUAUGUUGUGGACAUCUUCCAGUACCUCUUGCAACUAGAGCAACAAACGAUGCCCAACCCGAAUUAUAUCGAUACACAGAGAGACCUCGCUUGGAAGAUGCGAGGCAUCCUUAUGGAUUGGCUUAUUCAAGUCCACGGCCGUUUUCGCCUUCUCCCUGAAACACUUUUUCUCGCCGUAAAUAUUGUCGACCGGUUCCUCAGCGCCAGGACUGUUUCCCUUGUUCGACUGCAGCUUGUUGGGAUUACUGCUAUCUUCAUAGCAGCCAAGUACGAAGAAAUCAUGGCCCCUUCCCUCCACAACUUUAUCUAUUGUUCUGACUCUACGUAUGAGGAGAAGGAUAUAAUUGAGGCGGAAAAGUAUAUCCUGAAAUCCCUGGACUGGAAUCUCAGCUACCCCAACCCUAUUCACUUCCUUCGACGAGCAAGCAAGGCAGAUAAUUAUGACCUUCAAGUCCGCACGGUCGCCAAGUAUCUGAUCGAGAUCUCUUGCGUAGACUGGCGUCUUCUGCCUUAUCCUCCAAGCGCUAUUGCCGCAGCUGGCAUGUGGCUCGCGCGAUUAAUACUAGAGAAAGAAGAAUGGACCCCCAAUCUGGAGCAUUAUUCCGGCUAUUCUGAAGAGGCACUUCUCCCAGGGGCCCAAAUAAUGCUAGCAUACCUUCUUCGCGCUGUUCGACACGAAUCUUUCUACAAGAAGUAUGCAGCGAAGAAGUAUAUGAAGGUCAGCGCAUACGUUCGGGACUGGGCAUGGGCAAAGUUCGGCGCACAUGAAGUGGACUAUGACGAAGAGGGAGAAGCGCUGACAGGGAUAGAGCCACACAAGAAUAUCGUCCCACAACCGGCAUCGAUAACUCUCUUCGACGUUCUGCCUCGCCUGCGUGAGGAAGCAAGAUUACGGAAAGAGGCCGAGAAAGCGGCGGAAGAUGAGUUGGGUGUACUUCAUGAAGAGGAUGAAGAGUAG